AUGGUUGUCACCUGCAACUCUUCCAUCAGCAUAUUCACACUACAACCAACCAAGCUUCACUUCCUCCUCCUUCUUCUUCUCUUCUUUCUGUUAACCCCUCCUGCAACUCCAUUAAACUUCAGUUUCUCCAGCUUCAACAGCAAUGACGCCACCACUAUAUCCAGAGAAGGCGACGCUUAUUUCGACACCGAAUUCCUCCGCCUCACCAAAAGCGCUGCCGACGUCGCAAUAAACGGUAGCGUAGGCCGAGCCACCUACAGCCAGCCCUUCCUCCUCCGCGAAAAUGCCACCGGAAAACUCGCGGACUUCACCGCCUUUUUUAAGUUCGCCAUCGACUCCAACAACAACACCAACUACGGCGACGGCCUCACCUUCUUCAUCGCCCCAAAUGGGUCCUCACUCGACCCAACAAUAGCCGGCGGAAGCAGCCUCGGCCUCCCCGUCAACACCACGCCUUCGUCAAACGACGCCGUUCCGAGGAACCAGUACCCUUUUGUUGCCGUGGAGUUCGACAUUUACCAGAAUGUACAGCCAAUCAUCAACGACCCCUGGCACAAUCACGUGGGCAUCGACGUCAAUUCACUCCACUCUGUUAUUUACCAGAAUUGGAGUGCAGGCAUUUUGCAAGGGAAGGAAAAUAGCGCUACUGUUAGUUAUAAUUCAACCUCAAAAAACCUGAGUGUUGCAUACACUACAAUUCUGGAUGAUGUCCAAGUGAUUAAUUAUCUUGAUUACACGGUUGAUUUGAAAGACUAUUUGCCGGAUUGGGUGGUUGUUGGGUUCUCUGCUUCAACGGGCAGCUCUGUUGCUCUGUUUAAGAUCGUCUCAUGGAAUUUUAAUUCAACGUCGCUGGUUGAUCACCAUAAGGUCGACAUUGCAACCGAUAACACGACAUCGGUUGUUGCAGUUCCUGCGCUGAGCCCCGUUGCCAGUCCUUAUAGACCCAAGCCAGGAUAUGAUCGCAGGAUUGGACUAGCAAUUGGGAUCAGUAUUGCUGGAUUUGCUGUCUUGGUUGGUGGGUUGGGCUUGGUUUGGUUCAUUUUGUGGAAGAAGAGAGGGACUGGGGAUACUAGUGAUGAAGAUCCCAUGGUGAAUGAAUUGAAGGAUGAUGAGUUUGAAAAAGGGGCUGGCCCGAGGAAGUUUUCCUACAGCGAAUUGGCUCGAGCCACCAGUAAUUUUUCGGAGGAAAAAAAGCUUGGAGAGGGAGGGUUCGGUGGGGUUUAUAAAGGCUUUAUACCGGACUUGAACUCAUAUGUUGCUGUUAAGAGGAUAUCGAGGGGAUCUAAACAAGGACCCAAGGAAUAUGCAUCGGAAGUAAGGAUUAUCAGUCGAGUUAGGCAUCGGAAUCUUGUGCAACUGAUUGGUUGGUGUCACGAAAGAAAGUUCCUACUUGUGUACGAGUUCAUGCCUAAUGGUAGUUUAGAUUCUCAUUUGUUCGAAGAAGAAAAGUUGUUAACUUGGGAGGCAAGAUAUAAAAUUGCUCAAGGUUUGGCCUCUGGGUUGCUCUAUCUACACCAAGAAUGGGAACAAUGUGUGCUGCACAGGGAUAUCAAAUCCAGCAACGUUAUGUUGGAUUCAAAUUUCAACGCAAAACUUGGGGAUUUUGGGUUAGCAAGGCUUGUGGAUCACGGAAAACAGUCGCAGACCACAAUCUUGGCUGGAACCAUGGGCUACAUGGCUCCGGAAUAUGUUAAUACAGGAAAGGCUAGCAGGCAGUCAGAUGUCUAUAGUUUUGGAAUUGUUGCUUUGGAGAUUUCGUGCGGGAGAAAACCCAUCGAUCCAAAGUUUGGAAGCUCUAAAGUCAAUAUGGUUGAGUGGGUUUGGGAGCUUUACGGAGAAGAUAGAGUCAUUGAAGCAGCUGACCCAAAAUUGUGUGGGGAUUUUGAUGAGAAACAAAUGGAGUGCUUGAUGAUUGUUGGGUUGUGGUGUGCUCAUCCAGACUACAAUAUGAGGCCUUCAAUACAACAAGCGAUUCAAGUGCUUAACUUCGAGGUUCCGUUGCCGAAUCUCCCAUCAAAGAUGCCGGUGGCCACCUAUUUUGCUCCUCCGAAAUCGCUCUCAAUGAUGUCUAGAGAUACUAGUGGUUCUCUAGGAGGACAAAUUGAGUUUUCAUCAGGCUAUGGUUACAACACUAAUUCCUCACAGUUUAGCGCAUCUUCUUCUACCACAAAUUCUCAUCCAAAAAUUCCACUCGGGUAA